AUGGAAAGCAUAUUUGUACCGUCUCUCUCCCAUGCGAAAUUUCCAAAGUCUCAAACUUUGUGGAAUUCACCAGUCUUGCUUUACUCCAAACCCACCUCAGUUGCUUUCCGUUUAGUAACCCACAAUCAUUUGCCCAAGUGCUUUCUGUUGCAGCCACAAGGUGGUGUUAGAUCCAAAGCAAAAGAAAAGCAGAACCUGGGAGUGGUACAUGCCUCAGAGGCUGUAACGCCAACAACAACAACGACAACAUAUGCCAAUGAUGCAGAAAGAUGGCUUCUUGAAGCAGUGGGAGAUGGUGAUACAAGGCAUAUAGGCUUCAAGGUUGAGAUGCCAGGUGCAUAUGAAAUCGUUUCUAAUGAGGUGACCGUUGGACGCGUACCUGACAAAGCUGAUCUAGUAAUUCCAGUUGCAACAGGUAUUGUGUUCAGUUGUUACAGUUAUAAACACACAUCAAAUUUUAAAAGGUAG